CGCUAGAUGAAACAAAAAAUACACAGGAAAUCAGGAGAGGUGCAACAUACUGCUGUAAAGAAAUACAAGACCACGUAAAGGUUUCAAAAUGCGAGCUGAAAAUCCUUUUUACAUUAUUAUUUUACUGUUUUUGUUUAACACUGGAGAUGGCUCUGCAUUGUUAAUGCAGGGAACUUCUAAUGGAAGCGACACAAUCCAUGGGCCAGGUGGACACAAUGCCGAUGUGGAGGAAAUCAAGCGAAUGGUUCUGAACUUAACUACUGAGGUUGAUAAUCUAAAGAGACAAUCCGAUCAAGAAAGAAUUACCAUACAGGUACUAAAUCAGAAUCUUAUCGUUCAUAGUGACGAAAAAAAGUUGCUUCAAAACAGAGUAUUCUUUUUGGAAGCGGAACUGAAUAAACUAAAUGCGUCAAAGCCUCCUUCCAAUGAGGAAUUAAUGGCGUAUUUAAGAAGAACAAAACAAAUAGUUCAAACUUUGGCAGCAAAUGAGGAACUCGACAAAAAUCUAACUCUGCGACUGAAUGAGGCAGAAAUCAAAAAUGCGAUUUAUGACAGACAGAACAAGAACUUAACUCAACGACUUAAUGAAAUUCAUGAUGUUUUGACUGAAAACGAAGCAUUUGACAAAAAUUUAAGUCAGCAGCUCACCGAUUCAAUGAAUAUCUUACACGAUAUAAAGGUUCAAAUGCGAUACACAAGCCUGUCACUAAUGGACGUGCACUCUAAAACGGACAAAUUCAAUACAACUUUAACCAGAAUUGACGAUCAGAUAAGAGACGUUUAUGGACAAAUAACCAACAUCACCAGAAAAGUAGCCUUUACGGCUGGUGUGAGUUCAAGCACUGGCUCCUGGAACAGUGGUACACUGGUGUUUGAUAGGAUCGUCUACAACAUAGGAGGAGGGUACGACUCCAGUACUGGUGUCUUCACAGCCCCUGUAGACGGACACUUUGUUUUCUUUGUAAAUGUUCAAGGUUAUAGUGAUAAGAGUGUAUACACAUAUAUAGUGCUAAAUGGCUCGGCUAAAGUCACAACAAUGGUAUAUAAUGGUGAUAAUGAAUACUACGAUUCAGGGCCGAACUUGGUGGUAUUAAGGCUUAUCAAAGGGGAUCGAGUUUGGGUCAAACAUUACUUUGGAUCUGGUUAUUAUACCGAUGGUGAUGCUCCUGUCACCACGUUCUCUGGAUUCCUUAUAUGAUUUAUUGAAAAAUGUACUUUUUAUAAGUUGUAGAUUUAGCUUAUAUUUAAAAUCGUUUCAUUAUCAUAUCUUUUCAGAUAAUUUAGGUUUAAGUAAAAGUAAUAAUUUUUAAGCUGUCUAAACUUGAUGGUACUGUAUAUUGUUUUUGAAAAAAAAUAACAUAAAUGUAAAUUACGGAAUUAA